AUCUGAUACAAGCAUUUCAUUCAGAUACACUUUAUUCAGUAUCUCAAGCCUUUAAUCUCCCGCAGGAAAAAAAAAUCAACCCACAGUUUAAAAGUAGUGCAACCCUCGGCAGCAAACAUUAUUUAAGAUGCCAUCUUUUAAUUGUCAGAACAGAGAGAGAUGCAUUUUUCGUGUCCGGUCAGUCUCUCAAAGUUCAUAAAUCAUCCAUCUCUGUUGCGUGUGCAUAAACAGCGGCAUGCAGACAGCCUGUGGAUUACGUCUUACCUUUGAUCUUAGACGCGCACCUGCGAUACGAGAGUCACAGACUGCUUAGACAUUGAUCCUGAUUGUGUUGUAAGCCUCCGAGCCGUGCAGGUGUUGCCAUAUGGCGAGAGAGCGUUCGUAAGGACACUACUGCUCCGUACAGCGGCCCUUAAGAGAAAAUCAAAGCAGAGCAGAGAUAUCUGACGCAUGAGUCUGCUGGAGUUGAUGGGAUAGCGAGCAUUGAUGUUUGACCCCUUUGAUGAAUGAUGGGAAUAGGCAGCUCCUUUGCUCCCCGAUCAGAUCAGAUCUUUACUAUAAGAGUGAGCUUGACGCCGAGACAGAACCUGUCCAGAAUCAUCCUGAAAGGAAUCUUCCAGGGGGUGAAGGUGGUCCGGGGGCCCGACUGGGACUGGGGCAACCAAGACGGAGGUGAGGGAAAGGUUGGGAAGGUGGUGGAUAUUCGUGGAUGGGAUCAGGAAUCAGGUCGUAGCGUGGCUAGUGUCACCUGGUCCAGCGGAACCACAAACGUCUACAGAAUGGGCCACAAGGGCAAGGUGGAUCUGAAAUACGUGUCGGAUGUGCAGGGAGGAUACUACUACAAGGAGCAUCUGCCCAAAUUAGGCGAGCAUGCGGAGAUGCAGCGGCAGGAGAGCGCAGACAGUCACUCGUUCCAGCAGGGUGAUAAGGUCAAGUGUCUGCUGGAGGUGGAGAUCCUCAGACAGAUGCAGGAGGGUCACGGCGGCUGGAACCCAAAAAUGGCGGAGUACAUCUCCAGAAUCGGCACCGUGCACAGAAUAACGGACCGCGGGGACGUGCGAGUCCAGUACAGUAACAACAUCCGCUGGACCUUCCACCCCGGAGCCCUGACCAAGGUGAACACGUUUGCCGUGGGUGAGCUGGUGAAGGUGCUGGAUGACACUGACAGUGUGAAGAGACUCCAGGUGGGCCAUGGAGAGUGGACAGACAGCAUGGCUCCAGCUCUGGGUCAGGUCGGGAAGGUUCUGAAGGUGUAUGCAGAUGGUGACCUGCGUGUGGCAUUUGGAGGUCAGACGUGGACCUUUAACCCCGCGUGUCUCUCUGCGCAGCGUGGCGAGGUCGACGCCAAUCUGAUGACGGCUGAGAACUCCAGUGAAUCAGGAAGUACGGUCAUUUCAGUCCUGGAGAAGCUGCUCUCUCAGUCCACGGAGCAGGAUCAUCCGGGCCGGCUGGUUAUCGAGGCGGCUCAUGGGAACGCCGUUAAAGUGCGUGAACUAGUGCAGAAAUACCCUGAGAAGGUGGAUGUUAAGAACCAGGGGAAGACGGCUCUGCAGGUGGCUGCCCAUCAGGGACAUGUGGAGGUGGUGAAGGUUCUGCUUCAGGCCAACAGCAGCAUUGAAGCUAAAGAUGAGGACGGAGACGCUGCGCUACACUACACAGCGUUCGGGAAUCAGGCAGAAAUUGCACGCUUGCUGCUCAGUAAAGGAGCCAGUGUGAACCUGCUGAAUAACUCCAUGUGUACGGCGCUGCACAUCGCUGUCAAUAAAGGCUUCACGGAUGUGGUGAGAGUGCUGACGGAGCACUCAGCAGACAUCAACCUGCAGGACUCGUAUGGAGAUACACCCUUACAUGACGCCAUUGCUAAAGACUUCAGGAGCAUCAUUGAGAUUCUGACUGUGGUGCCCAACAUUGAUUUCACGCAGCAGAACAACCGCGGCUUCAACCUGCUGCAGCACACCGCUCUGAAGGGCAACAAACUGGCGACAGAGAUGAUCUUGGCUCGAGCGCGACAGCUGGCUGACGUUAAGAAGGAAGAUGGUUUCUCUGCUCUUCAUCUGGCCGCCUUGAACAACCACCGAGAUGUAGCUGAGAUUCUCCUCAAAGAGGGUCGUUGUGACAUCAACAUCCGCAACAAUCGCAAUCAGACGCCGCUGCAGCUGGCUGUGACUCAGGGUCACGUGGCUCUAGUGGCCCUGCUGGUGACGGAGGGGGCAGACGUAAACGCAGAGGAUGAGGAUGGAGACACAGCCAUGCACACGGCUCUCAGCCGCCAGCAGCUGGCCACCGUCAUGAGCAGCGGCGAGGGCGAAGGAGCGCUGCUCUACAGCAGGGUAAGAGCAGGACAGUGACGUAGAUACUAGCGCACUGCACACUGAAUGGAAUAUGGAUGCCUGCUUUAAACAUGUACUUUUAAAACUAUGAUUAUCUAAACCAGGGGCGCUGCUAAGGGGGAAAGUUUGGAUGAUU